AUGUCCAACAGCAGCUCCAUCAGUCAGUUCCUCCUCCUGUCAUUCGCAGACACACGGCAGCUGCAGCUCUUGCACUUCUGGCUCUUCCUGCCGCCCGUCCGGGCCAACGGCCUCAUCAUCACCCCCAUCGCCUGGGACCACCACCUCCACACCCCCAUGUACUUCUUCCUCCUCAACCUCUCUGUUCUUGACCUGGGCUCCAUCUCCACCACUGUCCCCAAAGCCAUGGCCAAUUCCCUCAUGGACAACAGGAGCAUCUCCUACCUAGGAUGUGCUGCCCAGCUCUUUUUCUUUCUAUUCUUAAUAUCAGCAGAGUAUUUUCUUCUCACCAUCAUGGCCUAUGACCGCUACGUGGCCAUCUGCCAACCCCUGCACUAUGGGACCCUCCUGGGCACCAGAGCUUGUGCCCACAUGGCAGCAGCUGCCUGGGCCAGUGGCUUUCUCUACGCUCUCCUUCACACGGCCAAUACAUUUUCAGUGCCUCUCUGCCAGGGCAAUGCUGUGGGACAGUUCUUCUGUGAAAUCCCACACAUCCUUAAACUCUCCUGCUCCCAUUCCUACCUCAGGGAAAUUGGGCUUCUUGUGGUUGGUGCCUGUUUCGGAUUUGUUUGUUUCAUUUUCGUGGUAAUGUCUUAUGUUGUGAUCUUCAGGGCCGUGCUGAGGAUCCCCUCAGAGAAGGGACGGCACAAAACCUUCUCCACAUGCCUCCCUCACCUCUCUGUGGUCUCUCUGUUUCUCAGCACUGGCAUCUUUGCCUACCUGAAACCCCCCUCCAUUUCCUCUCCAUGCCUGGACGUGGUGGUGUCAGUUCUGUACUCGGUGGUGCCUCCAGCAGUGAACCCCCUCAUCUACAGCCUGAGGAACAAAGAGCUCAAAGAUGGCCUGAGGAAAAUGAUGUCAUUAUAUUAUUCUGAAAUCUUUGUCAAGCCGCAGGGCAGUGCCUUUGUCCGCAGGUGA